CCUCCUCGUUGUUUCUGCUUCUCCUCCUCGCAGUCACUCGACCGGUUCAAUAAUCGGUUCGGUUCUCGCAUGCUAGAAAUUCUGAAACGGCAUUCGUUUUUUUAGGAAUUUGAAGAGAGAUUCUGAAACCUAACCUUACGUCCGAUUGCGAAACAGUCAGCCAUAGCCAUCAAUCGUCUCUUGUAUCGGUUGGAGAUGGAGUCAUUAUUAUACGCAGUUUCGGAAAAAGAUGCAUUUGCUUUCUCUGUUGCAGAAUUGCUUCGAUUAGGGAAGAACGAGAUCGAUAACUCGCAUUCCCCCCCUGUUCUUCCUGCGUCCAUUUGUGCCCAAUCAAAUUUUGGAAUGCAACACAUGCGCGCUUUCCAUCAUUCUAACAAACCUUUCUUACUGGGCCGUGGUGAAUCCUGGGAACUCCACUGCCACAACAGCAAGCUGCGGAUAUCAGAGCCUGACUUCAUGCCUCCACCACCGAGACCUCAUUCCGAUCCUUAUUUCGUUGCAAAUAUUAGAGGCAACAUUUACUUGUUUGCACGCGUGCCCAGUGUAGGUUUUUGGGUUCUUAAAUCCGGGACAUGGGGUUCCUUGCCCGCUCCCCCACUUUCUCCUGUUGAUCCAACACUCAGGCGCGCUGGUGUUCUUAAAUCUCCUUGGUGUCAAUGGUUCGCUUCUGAUGACAAGCUUUUCCUGCUUGCAUAUCAACCUGGAAAAGAAGAAAUAGUUGUCUAUGACCCCCAAAGUGACGUCUGGGAGAAAGUGGAGGACAAGGACACCUACUUCCAGUUAAGCUCAUUUGGUUUUGAUUCAAUGAGUACUGUCUCAGUUCCAGAUGUAGGCAAUAAUUGCAGUGUGGCACUUACAUUUAGGGGGGAAAACAUUAGAGCAGGGGAAUAUUUUAACAUCAAACUAUAUGCUCUGCUGCUUGAUAAGCAAACUAACCUUGUCCGUUGCUGUCAAUCGCUUGACGAGUGUUCUAAUGAGAUCCAAGUCCAACAGUCCAAAGUUUGGUGGUAUUCCCCAAGCAUGAAAUGUGUUGACCUUGGCAAUGGCAUGGUAUGUGCUCUCAUCAUUGGGAGCACACAAUUAAGGCGUCAUGCUGGUCUAGAACCUCUCCUUUGGAUAUUGGUAUUUACCCUAGCCUGGACACAAGAGGACCAAAGAUUCCUAUCUGUUGUUGAUGUUUCUGUGAAUCAAGUCUACACCAGGCACCUCGCCAAUCCCAAGGAUCCUGAUUGUCUGCACAGUGCCUUUAUUGUAACACCCAAGGAUUUUAGCACUGCAUUUGUGGAGCAGAAACACUCACUGAAUUGGCCGGGUGACAAGACAAAGAAGGAUAGCCAAGCUCAACUGCCACGAACAUACACCAUGAAGAACAUUUUGGGGGAACUUCAAACCAUGAGGAUUUAUAUGGAAGGAAGAUUACAAAGUAUUGAAGCAAGUCUUGCAAGGCAACAAGAUGCUAUUGAUCAUCUCUGCACGCAUUUCGGGAUUCCGAAUAGGUGUGGCAUAAUCCCUCAUCCGCGCACAAGUCAAGAAGAAGAGUUGCAUUAUUCUAAUCUGAUCGUAGUGUGCGUGAGUGAUUGAAUCGGAAAUGCGAUGAAAAGGGGAAAAUUCAAGAGCAAGCCCACCGGUUGCCACCAGUUCUCCACGCCAGAAGAUCUCUCCGUAAGCAUUGCAUGUUCUCACUCUCACUUUCACUCUCAGUGCUCUGAAUCUCUCAAUCUUGCUCUGUCUCCUUCUCAUAUGCCAAUGGUAAUAAUAAUUAAUUAAAUGUACGUAAUGUUUAGCAUUCUUAUCUCAGUCAUAUUUUAAUUAAUUAAAUGUUUUUUGCUAUGUUUUGCUCUAUACAUUUCGAUUUGGUGCAGCAUAGGUUGGUUAGAUGUAGCUGCCCAAUACAUGUUUGAUAUAAUGUCUGAAUCAUAGCAUAUAUGUAUUGCUUUCAUUGAGACUUAUGAGGAUAUUAUGAAGUGUUAGCACAUUUCGUCUUUUCGAUUGCUUUUAUGUAUUUGGUUCUUUUUUCAUACCGAAUUCAUGUAUUUUCACAUAUCUAGUUCUAUUUUCAUUCAUUAUUAGUAUUAUAUAUGUUUUGGCAUUUGAAUUAUUCUAUGAUUGAAGGUGUUAAAGCAGGGCUAGAACUGCUUUGAUCACUAAUAUCUCUUGUCAUUCCUUCUUUUUUUCUUCUCUGCAUAAAAAUAUUAGAUUCAGAGUUGAAUUGUAAAGCAACUUCUUAAAAAUAGGAUACUAGGAGAAUGCAGAAGAACAUUCAUUCAUGAUAAUUGAAUAAUUAGGCAUUAGUUAUUUGAUUAGUCUAUAGAAAUGAAGUGAAGUUUAAUUGUUAUAGUGAUUGCUUAUAGUCUUUAUGCACUUGCUUUUUUUCUUUUUUUUUUUAUCUGAAAGUAGAGAAUCACAUUAUUCUCAUUAUUAAUGCCUACCAACAAGGAAAUCCACCAAAUCCUAUGGUCUCACAUGCAGAUUGAUUGUUGGCUUGAAUGAAUCUCAAAAUAGCCGUUCUAUGUUAAUGUAAAGCAUAUGAGAUUUUUUUUAUUUUUAUUUUUUGGUACUAAUUGAAUUUCUUGUAUCUGGAUCUUAUUGACGAAAUGAUGUGUGUGUGUACACUUGUGUUGACUUUAUUUGAAACAGUAUUGAGACUGAAAAUCCUUUUUCCUCCACAAUUUUUUUGCUAUCAACAAUUUAGACUAACAUACAAUUCUUUCUGGUUUGAUAAAGUAUGUCUUAAUAAAUUACUGCCAAUUUAUAACUCUUUAGUCUCAACUCAAGUUGUGUCUCUAGUGAAAGAUGUUGUAACUUAUAUAUGAGAAUGUAAAGCUUAAUAACCAUUAACAAAUCUAGAAUUGGAUUUCAUGACUUAUGAAAAAUUUGAAACCCUUCUGUUUAAGAGUUGCCUUAGUGAGAGUAUAGUCACUAGUUAGUAUUCAGUUCAAAUUGAAAGUUUUUCAUUUCCUUGCCCUUUUUGAUUUUUGAAAUAAAAUGUCUACUUUUUAUCAAAUCCCCUUUUGGAAGGUAACUUAUUCAUCACGCCUACCAAUCCUUUUCUUGUGUCAUUAUAUUUGGAAAUUUGAGAAGUAUUGCUUGUUGCCCAGUUGAAGCAUUCUAUUAAUUUUUUAUUACUAUUCUUAGUGUUCUCACAUUCAACAUUCCUAUUUGAAUUUGAUAUAUUCCAUUAGUUUCUUCCAUCCAAUUAUACAUUCGACACUGUCUUAUUUGAGUAUGGGGUUAUUCACUAGAUUAUGUCAUUGUAGGCAUUGUUGCAUGUGGAAUUGUGGAUUGAGGGACUUCUACAAUCUACCUAUUCUAGAUUUUUGCUCAAAUUACACUCUGUACAAACGGAGAUUAAUGCUCACAACUCAGGAACCAAUGACAGUUCUUUGGGCUGUUUUUAAGAUUGUAAUUGUGUGUUUGAAGCUGUACCUUGUUGCUUUAUUUUAAAUCUGCUUUAAAUUUGCCAGAAACAUACUACUAGCACCUCUCUUUUCUAAAUAUGCAUUUUUGAUAAUAAAAGUCUUUUCCAUGAGAAAAAUGAAGUCAGAUCAAACCCAAAUUAUAAUUCAUGUAAGAGAAAUCACCUCUUUUUAUCUUUUUAUUUUUAUUUUUAUUUUUUGGUACUAAUUGAAUUUCUUGAAUCUGGAUCUUAUUGACGAAAUGAUGUGUGUGUGUGUACACUUGUGUUGACUUUAUUUGAAACAGUGAAGAUUAGUCCUAGUUUUGUUGAUGCUGCCAUUGGGAGGAUUGCUUAGAACACAAAGGAUUGCUUAGAUAAAAUUUACAUGGUUUUGUUUUGUUAGUAUGUGUGCCACCGUGUAAAUUCUGUGGUCUGUUUGAUGGAGUUAAUCUUUCCUUCACCUUCAGGCUUUCGGACUUCGCUAGCUAUGGAGUUUACAUAACACAUUCUUUCCUUGAUCACUUGUGUCCUUUCAGGCAAAAACAAUGGGAAAGGAUACUACAUUUAUGAAAAGGGUAGCAAGCCAAAACUCGAUCUUUCAAUACUACCAAUUGUUGAAGAGUUGAGAAGACUUGCCAAUAUUAUGCCUGGUGGAAAGCUUGUGUAGUGAAGCCGGUAGCAUUUAUUCCUUUUGCAGCCUAUAUCUAUUACUGACCAAGAGAUUUUAGAGAUGAUUCUCUUUCCAAUAGUGAACGAGGCAGGCUGUGUUUUAGAUGAAGGAAUGGUUAUUCGAGCAUCAGACCUCGACAUUGCUUGUGUUCUUGGGAUGAGCUUCCCUAGUUACAGCUUUCUGAUUGGGGCGAAGCAUGUAUAUAACAGCCUAAAGAAAUGGUCAGAAUUAUAUGGUAACUUCUAUAAGCCAUCAAGGUAUCAAUGAACACAAGGCUUCUGCAACCAUGCAAGCUCAACUCCUCAAGACCUACCAAAUUUUGCAUUGUUGAAGGGAGCUUCUCGAGAUUUGAGCAGCCACGAAGAUAUAGUUUUCUUAGCCAUUUCAGCUUAAAAAGGUUAAUUGGAAGGGAUGUGAGGGAUUCACAAUAAGAGAGAUCUAACCAACAAAGCUCUGAGAGACUUGGAAAUAAUGAUGAAGAAAUUUGUUCUGCAGAAAUUGGUGGUAUUUCCUCUCAAACUUCAGAAUUUGUGGCUUUUGAACAAUUAUAUGGGGAACUGUUUGGAUAAGGAUCUGUAGCUGUUAGGUUAGACGGGUAAUAAGCAAGAAUGGGGACAAAAAAUAGUAGAAUGCAACAACUGAUGAAAAACUAUCUUGUAGAUAGCUAUCAGAUAGGUCAGGAAGAUCAUGUUAAUAACCAAUUUUAUUUUUUAUUUUUAUUUUAUCAGAGGUGAAUGGUUGGAAAGUGAAAACUUUACUUGGGAUUCCAGACCACCUGCAGAGAUGAACUUGAUUGACAGGUUUAAGGGAAUGGUAAUAAGUCGUCGCAGCGAUAAGCUAGUCAAGCAGAUAAAUACCUUUUUCUAGGAUUAGUAUAAGGAUUAAGUUUUUUAUGUACAUAGUAUCA